ACCGCGAUCACUCGCUUCGGGGUGGCGUGGGCUUCCUCAUCGCAUCUGGUCUCGCCCUGCGUCCGCUGGAUGUUUCUGCGGCGGCAUUGGCUGUGAAAUGAGAGGUUAUUUGGAGGCGCUGGUAGUAGUGAUUACUUUGUGGUGAAGUGAAGUGAAGGGUGUGUCUGUGUGUGUGGGUGUGUGUGGGUGGUGAAGAUUGCGUGGUGGAGUGCUGGGUUGUUCGAUUUUUUGAGUGUUGGGGCGGUAGAAUUUCUCGUCAUGGCGUCGGGGAAGGUGAUGGACCCAGAGAAUUUGAACCUGAAUGUGAAGAAGACCGUGUAUGCGGUGCGAGGGGAGCUGUACUUACGAGCUUCGGAGCUGCAGAAAGAGGGCAAGAAGAUUAUCUUCACCAAUGUUGGUAACCCACAUGCUCUUGGUCAGAAGCCCCUCACUUUUCCUCGUCAGGUCAUGGCUCUGUGUCAGGCACCCUUUCUUAUGGACGAUCCACACGUGGGAUUACUGUUUCCUGAAGAUGCCAUUGCUAGAGCGAAGCAUUACUUGGCUAUGACCUCAGGAGGCGUUGGGGCUUACAGUGACUCGAGGGGGCUUCCUGGGGUACGGCAAGAGGUCGCAGAAUUCAUCCUGGAGCGUGAUGGAUAUCCCAGUGAUGUGGAGAAUAUUUUCCUCACUGAUGGAGCCAGCAAAGGUGUGGCGCAGGUCCUCAACGCUCUUAUUCGUAAUGAAAAGGAUGGGGUGCUGGUUCCCAUCCCGCAAUAUCCUCUGUACUCCGCAACAAUUCAACUUUUGGGGGGCACAUUGGUGCCUUACUAUUUGACUGAAGAAGACAACUGGGGUAUGGAUAUCAAGGGGUUGGAGAAAUCUGUAAAUGAAGCUCGCAGGAAGGGAAUAACUCCCCGAGGAUUGGUUUUUAUCAAUCCAGGGAAUCCCACUGGUCAAUGUCUAUCAGAGAAGAACUUGCGGGGUUUGAUCGAGUUCUGUAUCAGGGAAAGAGUUGUGUUGAUGGCUGACGAGGUUUACCAGCAAAACGUAUAUCAAGAUGAGCGGCCCUUCAUCAGCGCGAGAAAGGUGCUUAUGGGUAUGGGACCUAGAUAUAGUUCAGCCUUGGAGUUGGUUUCUUUUCACACAGUGUCAAAGGGCUUCCUUGGAGAAUGUGGACAGCGUGGUGGAUACUUUGAAAUGACCAACUUUCACCCCAAGACUGUGGAGGAGCUGUACAAGGUUGCCUCGAUUGCUCUGAGCCCCAACGUCACUGGGCAAAUAAUGAUGGGUCUGAUGGUCAAACCUCCAAGACCAGGCGACGUCUCGUUUCCUCUAUACGCUGCAGAGAGCGCAGCUAUCAUGCAAUCAUUGAGAAAAAGAGCGCAUAUUAUGACGGAUGGCUUCAAUGCAUGCGAGAACGUUGUCUGCAACUUUACUGAGGGAGCUAUGUAUUCUUUCCCUCAAGUGAAGUUGCCUAAAGCAGCUAUUGCCGCCGCCAGGCAAGCAGGCAAAGCUCCUGAUGUCUUUUACUGCUUGAGGCUUCUUGAAGCCACUGGAAUUUCCACUGUGCCAGGGUCAGGGUUUGGUCAGAAAGAAGGUACUUUUCAUGUUCGAACGACGAUCUUACCGUCAGAGAAGGACAUGCCUGCAAUUAUGGAAAGCUUUAAGAUGUUCAAUGCGGAUUUCAUGGCUCAAUACUCGGACUCCAAGUCGAAGCUUUGAGCGUGUAACCCACACUAUCUCCUACUUCGGACCUCGAGGCGAACCUCCUUCUUGCGCCACUUACCCUGUGGAGUUCUGGGGGCUAGAAUUAUUCUUCUUCAACUAGGGCACUACGAGAAGGAUCUUAAUGGCAUAAUUUUGUAUUAUGAGAUAUUUGUAGUUCGCUACAGGAUGUUCUCAAACAAGUGUACCUUCAAGAGUGACCCUUCCCUGUCACCAUAUAUGAUAGCUCUCAAAUGAUUAUUGUAGCAUAAAAAACAACAGCCAUAGAGGCUAGCGUUGAUAUUAACAUACUAAGAUGCUUCAAGUUAUCUUGGAAAACAACCAAAACAACAUUCUGGUUAAUGUAACACACGCUUUUGGUGUUCCGGAGAUGAUGAAUCGAUCUUCGUGAACCAAAUACUGGCUUGGAUGGUAAA